AUGGCAAAAGCAGAUUCAAUCAACUCUAAGGAGUUCGAGACUCUGAGCAAUACACCCCAAGCAAGGUCCGAAAAAGACUUCGGAAAUUUAACAACAGGGAAUCCAGAUAUCGAGGAGGGCACAAUAGUUGGGGAUGACCCCGCUCUCGAUACUGAGAAGCAAGAAGUUCCACCUGAAAUUACAUUCCCAGAUGGAGGGCUACAAGCAUGGCUUAUCGUCUUGGGGACUGCGAUAUCAAUGUUCUGCUCUUUUGGAUAUGUCAAUGCUUUUGGCGUAUACGAGUCCUAUUAUCUUACUGUAAUUCUAAAGAACAAGACAGCCGAUGAUAUUGCUUGGAUCGGAUCUAUCCAGAUCGCCUUUAUUUUCGGUAGCGGUUUGUUCGCAGGAUCGAUUUUCGAUAGAUACGGCGCAAGAAUUAUUAUUAUCCCAGCUUCGAUUCUUCUCGUCACGUCCAUAAUGUUGACUAGUAUCUGCAAAGAAUACUAUCAGUUCUUGCUGUGCCAGGGCAUCCUUGGUGGCCUCUCACAGGGUGCCUUGUAUACCCCAGCUAUCGGCGUCAUCGGUCAAUACUUCAAUAAGAAGCGUGGUGCAGCCAUGGGCCUUGUCGUCGCCGGGUCAUCUCUUGGAGGUGUCAUCCUCCCCAUCAUGCUCGCCAAUCUCCUCGAAAAAACCACCUUCGGCUGGACCGUUCGUGCUAUAGGAUUCUUGUUCGCUGGACUUCUAACGAUCACAUGUUUCACCGUGGUCGAACGUUUACCCCAUAGAAAAGGAACAUUUUUCCUCCCAGAGGCCUUCAAGAAUGUCACGUAUUCUCUUUUAGUCGCAGCCUUCUUCUUCAUCCUCUGGGGACUUUUCACACCAUUCUUCUUCAUUCCAACAUUCGCAUUGAAUCUCGGCAUGUCCCACUCGAUGUCUAUCUACCUCGUCAGCAUUCUUAACGGCCUUUCCUUCCCCGGCCGUGUUCUCCCCGGCAUUCUCGCUGAUAAACUGGGACGGCUGAAUCUUAUGAUUGUAACCCCAACGAUCACCUUGCUCCUAAUCUGGUGCUGGCUAGCCGUCGACAGCGCAACCGGUCUCAUCGUCCUCACCGCCUUCUUCGGGUUUUGGUCUGGUAGUGUCAUUUCCUUGUUUCCCGCGGUUAUGGCACAGAUUGUCCCAAAUCCUAGGGAAAUGGGGACUUACAUCGGUAUGGCUAUGGGUAUCUCCGGUGUUGCGGGUCUGACGGGAAGUCCUAUUGCUGGGGCUUUACUUACGCAUUAUGGAUAUACAGCGGCGAUUGCUUUUUCGGGGUCCUGUAUGGCUGUUGGAACGUUCCUUUUGGUGAUUGCGAGGUUACAUUAUAAUCGUAAGAUCUUUGUUGUCGUUUAA